UAGCUAUAUAUAUAUAAAUCCUCUUUCUCUGUCUCUGAAGCUGAACCUAUCCAAACAUAAUCUGAUUAGGGAAAACAAGGUCAUAUAUGGAGGAGCAAGGAAUCAUGGAGAAAGGGCUAAUGUUGAAAAAGCCUUUAUUGCAGGUUCACAAUCACAAUGACCACAAUGUUACUGAUGAAAUGCCUCAACCAACUGGGGAUUCCUCCUCCGCCUCCUCCUCUGCCACUCCUAGUGUUGUCUUCAGCACCUUUGUUGCUGUCUGUGGCUCCUUCUGCUAUGGUAGUGCUUUGGCUUACUCAUCUCCGGCCGAGUCUGGGAUCAUGGAAGACUUGGGUCUCUCCUUGGCAGCAUACUCAAUUUUUGGUUCAAACCUGACAAUUGGCGGAACAGUAGGUGCAUUAGCAUGUGGGAAGAUAGCAGCACUUAUCGGUCGAAAAGGGGCAAUGUGGCUCUCUGGAAUAUUUUCUAUGAUUGGGUGGCUCACAAUAGCUUAUGCUAAGGGUGCUUGGUGGCUUUAUAUUGGGAGACUGCUGCAAGGAUUUGGUGUUGGCAUUACUACUUACGUGGUGCCUGUGUAUAUUGCAGAAAUAACACCUAAAGAUAUUCGGGGCACAUUUUCAUUUUCAAAUCAGCUGAUGGUAAAUUGCGGAUUAGCGCUAGUUUAUUUCAUUGGAAAUGACAUUUCAUGGCGCACAUUAGCUUUAAUUGGUGCUAUUCCAUGUAUUGUACAAAUUAUUGGUUUAUUUCUCAUUCCCGAGUCCCCUAGAUGGCUGGUAAAAUGUGGUAAAGAAAAAGAUUUCGAAAUUUCAUUGCAGCGCCUGAGAGGCAAGAAUGUUGAUAUAUCUCAAGAAGUAGAUGACAUCAGAGAUAGUAUCGAAGCCUUAGAACAGCACUCAAGAAAUACAAUCCUAGAUUUGUUUCAGAGGAGAUAUGCUUAUGCUAUUUUUAUUGGAGUAGGACUUAUGUUACUUCAACAAGCUGGAGGGAGCGGUGCAAUUUCAUCCUACGCGAGCAGCAUAUUCAAGGAAGCUGAUUUUUCAACUAGUAUCGGAACUUCAGCCAUAGCAAUUAUAGUGAUUCCAAUGGGUGUAAUUGGUGUACUCUUGAUGGAUGUAUCAGGAAGACGACCUCUCCUUCUGGCUUCAUGUUCUGGAAUGUGCCUUUGUUGCUUCCUUGUAGCAUUAUCAUUUUUUUUACAGGAACAUCACCAGCUGAGGAAUUUAGCUCCCGUUUUGGCAUUCGUUAGCAUAAUGGGAUAUUUCGCGGCGUUCUCUGUUGGCAUAGCAGGAAUUCCAUGGAUUAUUAUGUCCGAGAUCUUCCCCAUCAAUGUGAAGGCAUCAGCUGGAAGCCUAGUGGCCUUAGUGAAUUGGUCUUGUUCAUGGCUUGUUACAUACACUUUUAAUUUCAUGUUGGAAUGGAGCCCUGCAGGAACAUUUAUCAUUUUUGGGAGCGUUUGUGGUUCAGCUGUUUUGUUUACAUGGAAGUUGGUGCCAGAAACAAAGGGAAGAACACUUGAAGAGAUUCAAGCAUCAAUGGUUCAUGUUGUGCAAUCAAACUGAAACUAAGGGAAGGGACGGGACGAACACGGGAAGAUAUACAAGCAUCAAUUACUCAUGUCCGGCAAUAACAACAAGGCUAAAACAGUGUUGAUUCAAAGUUGAGGAUCAACAGUAAAUUCGCGUUGCCAUUAUUUGCUCUGUGUCAUCUACUUUAUCAUCCUAUUCAUGUAAAUUUUUGAAUAGGAUGUCAAUGUGUAGAGUUGAACUUUAGUUGAAUAAUUUGUUAAUAUAGCAAGGGAAAAAAAUACAUGAUUUCAAUUUAUUAAAA